UUAAACGUGGCGGCGAUUUAUCAUAUAAGUUAGGUUAUAAUAUCGUAUGCAUCAAAAUCAUACAAUUAUUUAUAAGCUAGUUUUUUAAGGAAAAAACACUUAAAUUUAGUGAAUUUGCAGUGCGAAAUCUUUAAAAAACCACAGACGAACACUUGGCACAAACGAAAGUUACGUGUGAACGUCGUGGCUUUUGUUUAAUUGUUUUGAAGGAAAAGAACUUUGGCAACGUUUAAACCAACCUAAGAUUCAUACAAAACCACAUAAAAACUACCAGCGCAACAGUGUAAAAAUUAAAAAAAAAAAGUGCUCCCCAAAAAAAAAACAAAGGCAACCAACAAGUUAAUUUCUUUUGCACCCCGUGUUAAUAAAAAGCGUCAAGAUUACGUCAAUUAUUGAGAACCUUCCCGGCGCCAUAGCUCACAACCACAACCAGAACAACAUCAUGGAAGAGGAUGAGAGGGGCAAACUGUUUGUGGGCGGCCUGUCCUGGGAGACGACGCAGGAGAACCUGUCGCGCUACUUCUGCCGCUUCGGGGACAUCAUCGACUGCGUGGUGAUGAAGAACAACGAGAGCGGCAGGUCUCGCGGCUUUGGCUUCGUGACCUUUGCCGAUCCCACCAACGUCAACCACGUGCUGGCGAACGGACCGCACACGCUCGACGGCCGCACCAUCGACCCCAAGCCGUGCAAUCCGCGCACCCUGCAGAAACCGAAGAAGGGCGGCGGCUACAAGGUCUUCCUGGGCGGCCUGCCCUCGAACGUCACCGAGACCGAUCUGCGCACCUUCUUUGGCCGCUACGGCAAGGUUACCGAGGUGGUCAUCAUGUACGACCAGGAGAAGAAGAAGUCCCGCGGCUUCGGUUUCCUCUCCUUCGAGGAGGAGUCCUCCGUCGAGCACGUGACCAACGAGCGGUACAUCAAUCUGAAUGGCAAGCAGGUCGAGAUCAAGAAGGCCGAGCCUCGUGACGGAUCUGGCGGUCAGAACUCCAACAACAGCACUGUGGGCGGCGCCUAUGGCAAGCUGGGCAACGAGUGCAGCCACUGGGGACCGCACCACGCUCCCAUCAACAUGAUGCAGGGCCAGAAUGGCCAGAUGGGUGGACCACCACUGAAUAUGCCCAUUGGCGCGCCGAACAUGAUGCCUGGCUACCAGGGCUGGGGAACAUCGCCGCAACAGCAGCAGUACGGCUACGGCAACAGCGGCCCAGGAUCGUACCAGGGCUGGGGAGCUCCACCAGGACCCCAGGGACCGCCACCGCAGUGGUCGAACUACGCUGGACCGCAGCAGACGCAGGGCUAUGGCGGCUAUGACAUGUACAACUCGACGUCGACCGGAGCUCCUUCGGGACCAUCGGGCGGCGGCAGCUGGAACUCGUGGAACAUGCCACCCAACUCUGCUGGACCCACUGGGGCACCAGGAGCCGGAGCCGGCACCGCCACGGACAUGUACUCACGUGCCCAGACCUGGGCGGCGGGCGGUCCCUCGACCACCGGACCCGUUGGCGGCAUGCCUCGCACCGGACCCGGCAACUCGGCCUCCAAGUCCGGCUCUGAGUACGACUACGGCGGCUAUGGCUCGGGCUACGACUACGACUACAGCAACUACGUGAAGCAGGAGGGCGCCUCCAACUACGGAGCUGGGCCGCGGUCAGCGUAUGGCAACGAUAGCUCCACGCAGCCACCCUAUGCAACCUCUCAGGCUGUCUAAGGCGGAGAAUCGAGUGGAGGAGGAGUAGGAGUAGGAGUAGCAGAGCAGAGCAACAUGUCGUCGUCGGCGUCGUCCUCGGCGAAUGAUGAAGAAGACAGAAAAGAUGGUGGUAAUUGUAAGCUAAAGCGUCGUCUGUUCGUUUUUAUUUCAGAUCAGAUCAGUUGUUGAAAUUAAUAUUUAAAACUCUUGUACAACUAUUAUUUAAAGCGAAACAAAUUUAACACGAGAAUACCUAGCGACAAGUCAGAUUCAUAGAUAUACAUGUAUGUUCUAUAGCAGCGAGUAUGUAAUUCAUAGGCGAAACAUCAGCACCCAACACUCACCCAUUCAGACAAGAGAACAUUAUUUCUUUCAUGCGCCUCAUAAACAACACCACACACCACAACAAGCAUUCUCCUGUAUCCCAAACUCACCAACCAAACAGCCAGAAUCAACUAACGAGAACUUCCCAACCAACUAAAACCCGUAGAAACAUAUGAUACAUGGCAUUAACAACAAACAAACAAAAUAGAAAUGUGAAGAUUUAAACGUAAUGAUUUACAAGUAUAAAGUUUAGCUAAUUAGACACAAGAAGAUCAAGAAUAGAGUGCGAAAUACCAACAACAAACACAAAGAAAAUAAGAACUUAUAAUUUUAUUUAAAGAGUAAACAAGUAAAGAUCCCCUUAAUUACUAAAAUUAGUAAAUACAAAUUCGAAAUUGUACAUUUUAAAGCAAAAGCACGUCGGUAUUCGAUCUGCUUUCGCCACCACCCGCUUUCUAGAUCGGGCGACAAGGUUUAGUGAGGGUUUGAGAAGGAAUCGACUUUGGAGAUAUAGGUCUUUUCUGAGAACUCCUCGCUUGCCUUAGCCUUUGUGACUCAUUAUUGAAUGGGGCCGCGAGAGUUGGCUUUUGUUUUUAACAUAGUUGUUUCCGGCCAAUGGGCGAAUCUAAUCAGCAACUGUUUUAUCGGCUAAUGGGGUCGCUGGAUGCGAGGGUGUGGUGGCGAAAAGGGGCGGCACUGACUUGGGAAAGAUACGUUACAAAAUUAAAAAUUUACCAUUUAAAGUAAACAAAACAAAAACUAGCUAAAAGUUAAACUACAUAUAUAAAGAAACCUAAUUAAUAAGCGUACGUGGUCGUUUACAUCUAAGCGAAAGUUGAACUUGAAACUAGAAUUAUAUAGUGCGUUGGAUUUAUUAUUUAGUUAAAGCGAAGUGAAGAAGCCAAGCAGCAGCAGCAUGAUAUGAUGAUUGAUUAUAAUGGAUAUGGAAACCAACAAAACACACACACACACUCUUAACCAAUAUACAUAAAAACUAUAUACAUACAUACUUAUAUACAAUAUAUAAAUAUAUAUAUAACGAGUAUAUAUAGAAGGAAACAAAAAAGGAAAAAAGAGUAAAAAAAGAGCAAAAGGAAACGUAAAUUUAAAGCUACAGUUAAUGAGAAAGAGUAAAAAGAGUACAGAGUUAAACAAAAAAAAAGUAAAAGGGAGGCAGGCAGAGAGAAUAGGACAAGUUAAACAAGUUACAAAAUACGAUGCUUAGAGUUGCGUUGCACAUUUUUUUCAAAUUUUCAUCGUUUGCCAAGCAGACAACAACAACAACAACAGCAAGAACCACAGCAGGAACAACACCAACACCCAACGACAACAACCAGCUAAAAGUGUGCACUACAACAACAUCAGUCAGCAAAAAACAACACCAUCAACACGCACACCCACUCACACUUAACCCCAUUUUAAACCAACAACAACAAGAUCAGAAGCGAGACAGAGAAAAAGAGAGAGAAGGGUAAAAGGAAAUGAAUGAGGAAAGGAAAAGUAAAAGUAAAAGAAGAGAAAAAGGAAGAGAAGAACUUUAAUUGAUUAUGAACAUAACAUAUAUAUAUCUUUAAUUACUUAUACAUAUUUACUCUUAACUACUCUGCACGCUCACUUAAACGAGCGUGCACCGUGUGUAAAACAAGAUGAAAGUAAACUAUUUUAAUGAUGAUUAUAUGAUUGCGAUUUUACAAUUUAUUAUUACAAAAACGAAAAGAUGGAAAAAACCAACAAAAACAAAAUGAGAAACAUACAUAUUAUAUGCUAAUACAUUUACCAUACACAUAUAUUAUAAAAUAUGAAGUAAUUUUUUCUAUUAAAAUACCAUACACUAAUUUUUAAUUUGUUUAUUUACAACAAAUCAACUUACAAUACAUACGUUUAAUUACCAAUAUACAAUACAAAUACUUUACUUUAUUUUUCGGUGAUUUAUUGCUUAGUGUUCUUCGUAUAAUUUGUACUCUACUACAACAAAACAAAUCCUACAAAUAUAAAUUCCUAAUUUAAUUUCGUUUAAAUUACAAAUACAUAUGCUUACAUUUUAUAUAACUAAUUAUACAAUUUUAAAAAAAACCAACACAAAACAAAAGCAAAAAAUGCUAAAACAAUGAGCAAGUAAACGAGUAAAGUAAACGUGUGAAAAACGUUUCGAUUUUUGAAAAAAAAAAAACCAAAAUCUUUGAAAAUUUAUUGAAUUUGUAUCUUUUUCUUUUAACUGUAUCGUUUUGUACCGGUGUGCGUGCCUGAGUGUGAUUGUAUGUGUCCAUUUUUUUUAUUUUUGUUAGUGUUGUCGUCGCAGAGGUCACAUCAAGGUCAGCGAGUGGGCGGCGAGAUGAAGGCGUGGCGCGGGGAAGAAUUAGCUGAUCAACGGAUCGAUCAGCUGUUGUGGAGUUUGAAGUACAUAUACACGGAGAGAAAUGCUUUUGACUUUGAAUUUUGAGUUUCGGUCAGCAUUUCCAGUAAAGUCGGCUGCAGCAAUCAAAACAACACCAUCCAGGAUUUGCUGUGGGUGCAAAAUAUAAAAGAAAAAAAAAAACAACAGCCAUUUGACAUAAUGUUCAAACAAAUGGCCAGCAAAUCAACCUGAUGUAAUUUAAUAAGAUCAACACUUUUAUUUUCUGGUGGUUUAUAUACCUGGGUAUGAUUUUUGUUUUUAUGAAACAUAUUUGCAAAGAAUUAAUUAAUUGCAUAGAAUUAACAUGUUUGAAGUGGAAGUUAAUGUAAAAUUAAUAAACUAAUUCAAGCGAUUAGAGAUUUAUUAGCAGACAAAACACAUACACUGACUGUUAAUUGUAAAACAAUUUCAUUUACUAACCCUUUAUUUUAAAGUUGAAUACAACAUGAAUUGUUUUUUUUAUUAACCUAAACGUAAAAACCUAUUCAAAAUGAACUACAUACAAUAUAUGUGCAUCGUAAACGUAAUAAACAAACAAAAAUAUAUAUGAAUAAACCUACUAUAUACAACUA